GGAGAUGUCGGGGGCUGAGGCGGGGGCCCCAGGACGGGAGGCUUGGGCGCGACCCCUGGAGGGGCCUGUGGGCUCUCAGGGAAGGGAGAAGGGAUGUGAAGCUUUCGGUGGGAGUGAUGGGCGCGAGCUGCUUUUCUCUCGGUUACCAGACCCUGGACACUGAUGAGUGCGAUUUCUUACAGUGCGUUAGGUUGCGGUUUAACUUUUAAAAUAUCGACCCUUUGAAUGACCCUUUCACUUAUAUUUAGGGGAGUUACAUGCGUAUUUCGGGUACAGAGGUCUCCGUUGUUAUAAACAAACUAAGAAAUCUGUUUGGCCUUCUUCAUACUUUCACGCCCUGCAUUUUUCAGCACAGUCUCCAUUUUAACCACCCUCUAGUCACAAAUUGUUUUUGUCAGACGGAUUUUUUUCCUUCGGAAAUUAAUAUAACUCAUAUCCCCUUAAAUUGCUGAACGGCUGUACGUUUUGUGUUCCCACAGCGUCUCCCAUUUAUCGGAGAUAGAAGCGGCAGCCUAAAUGUGGUUUGUCUGCAAUUUUUAACCUAAUUUCUAAUCAUCUCCCUCCUGAGUAAUAAUCCCGACAUCAGCAAAUACUUAUACAACAUCUACAGCAAGAACCAUACUCAGUGUUUGGGGAUACAAGGGUGAAAAUGAAAGACCAUGCUUCAGAGAGAGCAUUUUAUACCAUUUUACCAUGUUAGUGGACUUAUGUUCUCUUAAGCCAAUUCACAUUUCACUGAAACUAAUAGAGUAUAUAUCAUGUGUUAACAUGUAAUGCCUCAGUACUGUACUAUAAAGUUCUUAUAAAACAAGUCAUCCCAAGGUGGAAUCCACUAUAAAACUGGCGUAUGUUGGACAAUUUCAAGAGACUUUGGUUAUCAGAAUAUUAAUAUACUAAAAUAUAACAGUAAUCUUCUAAAUGCACAUUCUCCAGUGUUCAUUCACAUGCGUAAACCUAAAUUUGACAAUCACUAUUUUAUUGAUUAUAAGAUAUCAAAGAGAUGUUUAUAUUUUGGAUAUCUUUCUGAAACCUUUGUAAAGAAAUCACAACAGUGCUAAAGCAACUGACUACUUCUGUUUAAUCAAAAUAGCCGUUCCCAUGAGCCUUUAUCAUUUCAAACAUCUCUCUAAGAGAGAGAAGAGUGCAAUAGUGAAAGUUUUGGAAAAACUGCUUUAUUUAAAGGUUAGAAGGUUAGAAAGGUUAGAAGAUGCCAGAGGACAACUUUGAGCAAGUAACAAAAUGAGGAAUCAAGCAAGGACUACAAGGAAGAAAAGGAAGUAGAAUAAAGUGAGGGAAACACGUACAUGACUUUGAGAUGAAGUUUCUUGCAGAACAUAAGUUAUUAGGAAACAUUAAAAAUGUGGCCAAGACAGCUAACAAGGACCAUUUGGUUACAGCCUAUAACCAUCUUUUUGAAAGUAAGCGUUUCAAGGGUACUGAAAGUAUAAGCAAAGUGUCUGAGCAGGUGAAAAAUGUAAAGCUUAAUGAAGAUAAACCCAAAGAAACCAAGUCUGAAGAGACUCUGGAUGAGGGUCCACCAAAAUAUACAAAAUCUGUUCUUAAAAAAGGAGAUAAAACCAACUUUCCCAAAAAGGGAGAUGUUGUUCACUGCUGGUAUACAGGAACACUACAGGAUGGGACUGUUUUUGAUACUAAUAUUCAAACAAGUUCAAAGAAGAAGAAAAAUGCCAAGCCUUUAAGUUUUAAGGUUGGGAUAGGCAAAGUUAUCAGAGGAUGGGAUGAAGCACUCUUGACUAUGAGUAAAGGAGAAAAGGCUCGACUGGAGAUUGAACCAGAGUGGGCUUAUGGAAAGAAAGGACAGCCUGAUGCCAAAAUUCCACCAAAUGCAAAACUUACUUUUGAAGUGGAAUUAGUGGAUAUUGACUGAAAUAGUAAAGACAUCAGCAACAAUAAAACAUGGCCUUGAAGAAACUUAUGUAAUUAGAGCUGGUUACUAUUGUAAACGAAGAGUCAACUGGAAAAUUCAAGAAGUUAGAACUUGUUUACUUGAUCCCCAACUUUUAAGAAAUGUAAUCCAUUAUAAAUCCUUGAAGUUUAAAAUAUUUUACUACAGCUGUGUAAAAUAUCACUUAAAGAGAACUGACUUGCCUUUUACCUCAUGUCAUAAACUAAAAGGCUCAAUAAAAAUGUAUCCAGUGUCUUGA